UUGCAGGGUUGCCAGGGAAACAGUGAAACAACAGUUUAAAUGGUGUAGGGAGUCCAAACAUGUUACCAACGCUAGCCAAGUUCGCCGAUGUAUAAAGGAAUAAACAUAUAUAAACAUCUCAGUGUAUGUCAAGAUCAACGAAUGUGAGAGGACAUAAAGAAGCAGUUAAAAUGUCAACAGCCUCGAUAACAGCAGGAGUCGUUCAGUACGGGCGGAGGAAAGGCUCGAGUCAACAAGUUGUGAGUUCGGAGGUGGAGAAAACCGAAGCGGAUCUUCGUCAAAUGGUAGUUUUGUCCAAACCGGAAUGGCAGCGCCUGCAGGACAGUGUGAACGGAAUCAAUCAACACAACAGGAGUGUGAUUGCAGCGGGCCAACAGCGCGAGGCGCUGCACAUGCGCUCUAAAGAGCUCGUCAAACACUGGUCCAACACCAUUGCUGGACAGCGACAAAAAAAGCUAGAGGCAAAAAAAAUUCGAGAGGCGAUAGAAGAAGAGGAGCGGAAACAAAUUGACAUAGAAGAAGCAAAAUACCAGGCCCAGAUACGGAAGGAGGCCAUUGAGAAAGCAAAAGCCCAGCAGUACUACCAGACCGACAGAGUGAAAGGCUUCCAUAGUGCUCUGCUGCUGGCGGAGGUUCUGAAGGAAAGAGAGGCUCAGAUCGAACUAAAACGCAUGAAGCAAAAUACCAGCAAGGACAUAGACAGAGAUAUCUUGGCCGAAAUGGCUUGCAGAGAAGAACAGGCCCUCCAGCAGGAGCAGCAGAAAGCCAUACAGAGGAAACAAGACCAGCUGGCCACCGCUGAGAGCGUGAAACAACAGAUGAAGGAUCAUGACAUGAAGAAAGAGCAGGAGAGGCAGGAGGUCCAACGUGAGGCUGAAGAAAUUGAGCGACUCCGAGAUCUUCAUGUGUGGGAAGAGUCCAUGACUGAGCGCAAGAAACAGGAAGAGAAGAGAAGCGCGAUGAAGGGUCAUCAGGACUAUAUGACCAACAGAGAGCUGAUGAAAGCAACAGAGGCUCAGAGGCAGGAGGAAGAGGAGGAGAAACGGAAGCAGUUCGCCAAGCAUAAAGAAAAAGUCAUGAAAAUGAGGAAAGAGAAGCAAGAGGAAAUGUUUAGAGAGCUCCAGAGACAGAGAGAGACUAUUAUACAGAAGUUAGCAGUACAGAAGCAGCAACAAAUCAGCAACGAAGAAGAGCUCAUGGUGAAAGCAGUCGCUGAGCGUGAGGCCAAACAGGCUCGAGAACAGCGUGAGAAAGAAGAAAAACAUGCAGCCAUGUUGAACUCCAUCGCUGCACACAGAGAGUCCAUGAGGAAAGAGCAGGAACGAAAGGCAGAAGAGGAAAAACAAAAAGCCCUGGAGAUGCUGAAUGCAAAGAUGGAAGCAGCUAAAAUCUUCAUGAAAAAAAAAGAACUUCAAGCUCAAAAAGCUAGAGAAGAAGGCAAAACACUACAAGACAUCUAUAUACAAGAAAUGGCUGAGAAACGUGCAAGGCAUCACCGUACAAAAAAAGAAGAGAAGGACUUUGCUGAGAGGAACACUGCUCUCAUCGUUGGGGAGGAAAACCAGUUUCAGAAAUACGCCAAACAGGUCUUCGAAACAGCUGGGAAGGCAGGGAGAAACACCUUCCCGCUCAUGAAGGCUGCCAGAGAGGGCAUCGGAGGGGGUCUAGGGCCCGUGUUUGGUGGACUUAGACCAAGUUAUCUAGUCCAUGAUGAGUCGGGUGUUGAGAUGCCCAGUUAUGUGAGCGGCACCACUCAAAACAUAAAAGAGCAGAACGAGACCCCUGACAUUCAACAGUCCAAGAAAAGACUAGGAUUCACCUUGUAAAACUUCACAACAUCUAGUCGUUAUAAUGUCUCUCUCGUACUAUUGCAAUGAUAAAGAUUUUAUGCAAAAGAAAUUGUAA